CCGCGCCUCCCGGUCUCCGCAGCGCUCGCCGCCAGCACCAUGGCCAGCACCAUGUCCGCCUACAAGGAGAAGAUGAAGGAGCUGUCCGUGCUGUCGCUCAUCUGCUCCUGCUUCUACUCACAGCCACAUCCCAACACCAUCUACCAGUAUGGGGACAUGGAGGUGAAGCAGCUGGACAAGAGGGCCUCUGGCCAGAGCUUUGAGGUCAUCCUCAAGUCCCCUUCUGACUUGUCACCGGAGAGCCCUGUGCUCUCCUCCCCCCCCAAGAGGAAGGACACCUCCCUGGAGGAGCUGCAGAAGCGGCUGGAGGCAGCUGAGGAGCGGAGGAAGACGCAGGAGGCGCAGGUGCUGAAGCAGCUGGCGGAGCGGCGCGAGCACGAGCGGGAGGUGCUGCACAAGGCGCUGGAGGAGAACAACAACUUCAGCCGCCUGGCGGAGGAGAAGCUCAACUACAAGAUGGAGCUCAGCAAGGAGAUCCGCGAGGCGCACCUGGCGGCGCUGCGCGAGCGGCUGCGCGAGAAGGAGCUGCAUGCCGCCGAGGUGCGCAGGAACAAGGAGCAGCGAGAGGAGAUGUCCGGCUAAGGGGCUUUGGACACCACCGCACCUGGAUCCUGAGCCGAGACAAGAACACAUUCGGGUUUUGUUUUUGUUUUGUUCAACUCUGUCUAGAUGCAACACUUUGUUCCCGCUCCUCCCCUCACCUCCCGCACUCCCAGCUUCAUGCUUCUGUUUCCGCACUCUGAGCUGUCCAGUCCCGUGGCAGCCGCUGGCCACAGGCUCUCCCCGGAGGAGUCACGGGCGGGGUGGGGUGGGGCACAAGGUCCCUCAGUUCAGGCACCAGACUGGGUGGUGGCUGGGUCCCCUCUUGGCAGUCCUCUUAGCGGACGUGCUGGUGACCAGCGGCGGUGGCAGGAACAUGUAGUCUAUGCUGGGUUGUCCUGUGAGCACCCCCAAGCAAAGGCACCACCACCUGAGGUCCUGGGUGGAGGAGGAGGAGGAAGGCGUGGACUGAGAGGAGCCUGUGGGCAGUGCGGGUCGGCCUUGGGGAUGGGCGCAGUGGAGCUUUGCGAACUGAUGGGCGGAGGCUGCAGCGCCUCUUCGUGUGGCUGUACAGGGGUCCUUGGAGACCGGCUGGCCUGGGGGCCUGUGGUCAUUGCCUGUGGCUGGAGUGGGGGCCUGUGGAAGGUGCCUGGCCUGAGCCUUCAGGGAGUGGGCAUUCUCUACCAAGGACCCAGAGCAGGCUGGGUGGUGAACAGGGUUGUGGCAGCGUGACACCCCUGCUGGCCCCUCCUCCCAGAAGUGCCCUCCUUCCAGAGCCCCCGCCAAGGCCCCGGGAAAGCCGUCCUGCUCUUCCUCCCUCCUCCCCGACACCUGUCCCCAGAGUCCUUCGCAGUCCUGCCCACGACGCUCCUGCCCUCGCGCUUUCAGGCUUGCCUCCAGCCAGUGUAGCCACGUGUGAGUGGCAGCCACAGGUGCUUCUCGGGAGCCCCUAGCAGACGGCAGAGGGCAGACGGCAGGGGCCAGGGCUCCCAAGCCACCGCCCCACCUGGUCCAUCCUUGGCACUCCUGGCUGUUGGCCCCUCUGGCCAGCCUGCAGGCUGGAGUCCUGGCUCUAGCACUUUCCUGCAAAGACCCUCCUGGACUGGGUUCCUCCCCCACCCUCAGCCUGGCCUCUGAGGACCACCACCUGCCUGGACAUGGGGUUGUCUGGUUUUGGACCCCCUGCAGCACCGUCCCCUUCUCCAGGGCAGUCCCACCCUCCGUGGGCACUGGUGCAGGGUCCCUGCGGACCAUUCUCCUGGUGGAGAGAGGAGGGGACGGACUAUAAGUCCUCGCAGGACCCAGAGCCCAGCUUCCUUCCUGCAGAAACGAACGGGGGCCAGCCAGGGAUCAGGGUGAGAGCUGAUCCCCGGGCUUAGGGGAGGUGGGGACACAUGCCUCCUCCUCGGCCCCACUGAGCGAGCCUCCAGGAGGGGUAAGCUAGGAGUGGGCCCAGCAAUGCCACCCGAAGCUUUGGCGGGCCUCGGAGGGAUGUGGGAAGGGAGCGGAGGGCCGAGUUUCUUUAGCUGGGCAGCUCUCAGCGCGGAAGCCUGGUGUAAAUGCACCCAUCUCACCCUGUAGUGAAAGUGAACUUAAAAACUAAAUCAAAUCAACAAUUAAAGAAAAAACAAACGUGUGUGUUUA